UCAUCCUUUUAAGUUACGCUGCUGUGACGCGCAGUGGUUUAUGCUGGAUACAGCAGCGGGCAGUUUUUCGGUGGCUUCUGUGGAUGGCCAUUAACAAGGUCGGUUUAAUUACCAAGCCAUCUUAGUUUUCCUUAUUUAACCACAAUUUCACGCGAGUGUCUUUCUUUUUACAUAGUAGUUUCCUUCAGACAAUUGUUUGCCUUUGACACAAACUUAAUGGAUAUCAACGGCACAGAGUCGCAUAUGUCCGACACGGGUCAUGUCCAUAAUUAUAAGCAAGGAUGUAAAAGUGUGGAGCGCAACAGUUGGAAGAGUUUUGGUGAACCGCCACCUGAAAACGGCAAUGGACUUGAUGAUAAUGCUGAUUACACGGAUUUUGAGGAGCAACAGAUCCUCUUAAAAGACAGGCGAAGGGCGAAGUCACUGCCCGCUUACCCGGAGCAGACAAGCCUUUUCAAAAAAAUCUCACAGGGAUGCAGAAAGAGAGUGAAGUUUGCAGAUGCGCUGGGACUUAACUUGGAAAGCGUGAAGCACUUCAGCAGCACUGACGACCCACACGUCCCUUCUAAAGUAUUUUCAAGACUUCAGACCUUCCCUCCUCAACAAGAAUGUGAAUUAUUUGGAGACGUGUGUGACACAUUCAAUUCCACACUUGCAGUGGAUCGGUUGGUACCCACGUUCAAGAUGCCAGUGGAGAAAACUGACUUUGAAACCCGAGUUGAACGGUGCCGCGUAACUCUAGAAAAAAUAACUGUUACUCGAUUUGACGUGCGAGGGACGAUAAGAGCACUGACAUCGGGCUCAUGUAAGAGGGAGGUUGGAGUGAGGUAUACAUUCAACGACUGGCUUUCAUUCAUGGAUGCGCAAGCGAUACCAAUGUCAGGGAAGAAUACUGCUGCAGUCGGAGAAAAGUUUAUGUUCACGAUGUAUACGCCUCCAUUCAUGGACCCCAGCUCCUCGGUUCACUUCGCAGUAUAUUCCAAGACUGACUACGGCGAGUUUUGGGAUAACAACGAAGGAAAGAAUUACACUUUGAAGUAUCACUGCAUUUCCACUUAUGAGACAGCAGCAUUCCUUGCCACUUAAACGCACAUUACUUUAUGUAAUGUCACGGGCCUGCGCACUUAAUUAGCAGCCUACAUAGUACGGCACUUUAAUAAAUAUAUUAAAGUUCAUAUGUCCCCCGAUAGCCUUUGGUUUUAUGGCUGUCAUUCGGUAGUGAAAAUGAGAGACGUGGCAAGUUUGCAGAACAUUGUAUAUUUAAUCUGUGUGCAAAUACGUGAAAUGAGACAGCGAUAGUCUACACUUACAAUGUACUCACACGUGCUGCUGUUAGUUCUGAAUAACACUUUAAGUACAACUAUUUUUUUCAUGGAUCCUACGACAUAUUGUGAUACAUAUGUUGAAUAAUUAACAUUAUUUUUUAAAAAGAAAUUAUGAAAUGGUUAGAUCUUAGAUUAGCCUAUAAAGCAUUAUUUUCAAGAAAACUUACAUACAAAACUGGUAUUUAAUGGCCUACAGUAUAGCAACAUAUUUUAUAAAAUAUGUCAUAAGAGUUGUUUAUACUAUGAUAAAACAAUAUUUGAGCAAACAGUAAAGUAAAACUUCUGAGGCAUAUGGUGCAUUGAUACUCUCACUACUGCAGUGGUUCCCAAACGUGGUUCUGGGCACGCCCCUCUUUACAGUAUAUUUUUUAAAAACACACGUUCAACAACAUAAUUACACCAGUCUUUAAUUUGAUCAUGUGGCUUAAGAGGGUAAAUAAUCCUUCUAAACAUAAAAGGCAUUUAAUAAAAUUAAAAAAAAUUACAAUGGAAUGAAAACUAGCAUAUGCAGGGGG